CCAACAGUGAUGCAGCAGUAUUUGUGAAGGGAUCUCAGAGACACAACAACAGCCAGUGCUUAUAUUUCAGCUUUUCUCUUUAAGAAAUGUCAAAAGAUGAAGUUCGUGGUGAGAACAUGCAACUCAGUGAGGAGCAGCUGCUUCAGAUAGAGCAGAACAGACGUGCUGCACUGCAAAGGCUGGCCAUCCGAAAUGUACCUGUACCCGUUGGUGAAAGCUGGCAAAGACAAAUUGGGACUGAAUUUACAAAACCUUAUUUUACAAAGCUUAUGUCAUUUGUUACAAUGGAGAGGAAAUGCUUUACUGUCUAUCCCAGCCCUGAGCAGGUGUUUAAUUGGACAACUUUGUGUGCUAUUGAAGAUGUAAAAGUGGUAAUUCUUGGGCAAGACCCCUAUCACCAUCCAGGUCAGGCCCAUGGAUUGGCCUUCAGUGUGCUGAGACCUAAACCUCCUCCUCCAAGUUUGGAAAGCAUAUUUAUGGAGCUGAAAGAAGACAUUGUUGGCUUCCGGCACCCAGGUCAUGGAGACCUCACAGAAUGGGCCAAGCAAGGUGUUCUGCUGCUGAAUUCUGUGUUGACAGUGAGGGCUCAUCAGCCCACCUCACAUGAAGGUCAAGGCUGGGAGCUCUUCACAGAUGCUGUGGUGCUGUGGCUCAGUCACAACCUCAAUGACCUGGUCUUUCUGCUCUGGGGCUCAUAUGCUCAGAGGAAAGGCAGGGUGAUUGACAGGAAACGUCAUCAUAUCCUUGAGGCUUCACAUCCAUCACCGUACUCGGCACAUUUAAGCUUCUUUGGAUGUAGGCACUUCUCUAAAACUAACAUGUUUCUCAAAGUAUCAGGAAAGAAGCCAGUUGAUUGGGCAGCUCUCUAA